UGGCUUUGUUAUUUGCCGUGGUCGCCGCAGCUGCUCUUGUUUUCUUGUUGUUAAAUGCUGUCAAGUUGUGGAGAGAAUUUUCUGCGUAUAAAGCUGCCAUCAGUGCAAUACCUUCACCAACUAACGAUGCCUUGAUGAUAGUGGGACAUCUGCACAAGCUUUGGAAAGGAGAUGAAGAAAUGAUGCAGUGGGGAGAGUCACUGGUAGAGAAGAUGCCUAGAAUAUUUUUGCUUUGGCUUGGACCACUAAACGUUGGAAUCAGCCUUCAUCAUCCUGAAACAAUACGACCGAUUGCAAAAAGUCUAGAACCGAAAGCCAAGCAGCAGUACGGGUUUCUACAACCUUUUAUUGGUGAAGGUUUGCUUAUCAGUAAUGGUGACAAAUGGAGUCGAACCAGACGUCUUCUCACUCCUGCAUUUCACUUCGACGUUUUAAAGUCUUACAUAUCAAUAUACGAAGAUGCAACCAAUGUGCUUUUGACUAAAUGGGAAAACCAUGCUGCAAAUGGAAAAGCUUUUCGUGCACUGAAUGACAUCAGUUUGAUGACUCUAGAUGUCAUGUUGAGAUGUGCCUGCAGCCACUACAGCAACUGCCAGAAUGAGACUGAUCAUCCUUACAUUAAUGCCAUUCGAGAACUAAACGAGCUGUCAUUUCGGAGAAUGAUGAUUCCCCCUUAUCAUUCUGAUUUUAUCUUCUAUCUCUCUCCGAUGGGAAGAAAGACGAAACGUUACUGCGAUCUGGUACACGAAUUUUCAGAAAAGGUUAUUCGAGAGAGGAAAGCCGCAUUGAAGCAAAGUCAGCAGAAGAAUGACUUGAAGAGUGAACCACCUCGUCGACGGUGUUUGGACUUCUUAGAUAUUUUACUGUUGGCGAGAGACGAGAGUGGACUCGGAUUAACAGAAAGAGAAAUUCGCGAUGAGGUGGACACAUUUGUGUUUGAAGGCCACGACACGACAGCAUCAGGCAUAAUUUUCUCUUUGUAUUGUCUUGCUAAGUAUGCGGAUCAUCAGGACAAGUGUUACGAGGAAGCUUGUCGUAUAUUGGAGAGUAAAGAGUCAAUAGAAUGGGAAGAUCUCGCUCAGCUAAGCUACACAACUAUGUGCAUCAAAGAGGCGUUACGAUUGUAUCCUCCAGUUCCUUCAUAUUUCAGAGACAUCACCGAAGACACGACAAUUGAUGGAUACAAAAUUCCCAAAGGCUCAUGGGUUGGUGUCAAUGUUCAUUUGAUGCAUCGGAAUCCAACUGUUUGGCCUCAUCCAUCGGAGUUUGAACCCGAAAGAUUCUUAGCAAACAAUUGUGCUAAUUGGGAUCCGUAUCAGUACAUACCAUUUGCAGCAGGUCCAAGAAACUGUAUUGGCCAGAACUUUGCUCUCAAUGAGAUGAAAGUGGCUGUUGCACACAUUGUCCACAGAUUUGUGUUGUCUGUUGACAAGUCGUAUGUUGUCAAGAGAACACCCAGUCCGAUUAGUAAGCCAGUUGAUGGACUCACUUUGUAUGUUGCGGACAGAGCAGUGUCUACAGGAUCAUAGCUGUGAUUGUGAACGAUUUAUAGUUUUUUUAGUUAUGUUUGUAGGGUGCAUCUGCUUUUUCGACUUGAUGAUUAUCGCUGUGAAUGUGAAUAAUGGUCAUACAUUUGUACUUUUAUUUUAAUUGAGUGCUACAGUGUA